AUGGCUGACGCGCCAAACGAGCCCGCAAAGGCGACCGAGCCUACCUCCAACCCCGCCCCCGCCCCCGCCAACGAGGAGGGUGGUGAGAAACAAUCCAAGAAGGGAGCGAAGAAGGCUGAGGCCAAGGCCAAGAAGGAGGCGGAGAAGGCUCGCAGGGCUGCUGAGCGUGAAGCCGCUGAGGCUGCCGCGAAGGCUGCUGGUGGCGCAGGCGGAGAGGACCUGGCCAAGGAUAACUACGGCGACAUUACCCCGAAGACCAAGGUCGACGCCGAGCGUGUGAACCUCCGUAAUGUCGGCGACGAGCAUGUCGGUAAGAGCAUCAAGGUGCGCGCGUGGAUCCAGAACUCGCGUAUGCAGGGCGCCAAGAUGUGCUUCAUCGAGCUCCGUGAGGAGCGCAAUUGGGCCAUCCAGGGUGUCAUCGCCGCCAGCGCUGAGGGCAAGCCCGUCUCCAAGCAGAUGGUCAAGUGGAUUGGCAGUCUUGCUCUUGAGUCCUACGUUCUUGUUGAGGCAACUGUCCAGAAGCCCCUCGAGCCUGUCAAGAGCUGCAAGGUCAGCAACUACGAGCUUCACAUCACCAAGCUCUACGUCAUCGCUCCUGGCCCCGAGGCCCUGGCCAUGUCUCUGGCUGUCUCCAACCGUGCAAUCUCAAGCUUCGAUGACGAGGACCCCAAUGCGCCCCAGGAGGACAAGGCUGUCGAGGAAAUCAAGAGCGGCGUUGAGGGUGUUAGCAUCGACAACACCCCUAGCGCGAGCAUGUCCACCCAUCUCAACAACCCCGUCAUGCACAAGCGUGCGCCUGUUCAACAGGCUAUUGCUGACGUCCGCAUGCAAACCCGAAAGCUGUUCGCCGAGUACCUCGACGCCCAGGGUUUCGUUCAGUUCGAGCCUCCUUGCUUGAUCGGUGCUGCUUCCGAGGGUGGUGCCAACGUCUUCCAGCUCCCCUACUUUGAGAAGAGCGCUUGCCUCGCCCAGUCUCCUCAGUUCUACAAGCAGUUUGAGAUUGCCGGUGGCAGAAAGAGAGUUUACUGCAUUGGACCUGUUUUCCGUGCCGAAAACUCCAACACUCCUAGACACAUGACUGAGGUAGGAGGAUCACUCGCUGUGCAAUUUCUUGGGUUUGUUGCUUACGCUGUUUAG